AUUCCUGAACCAGGAAUGGUUAUCGUGGCCUUUUCAAGGCGACAAACUCCAGAGACGUACAAACAGCGACCUGCUUCCCAUGAACCUCUGCUCCCCUCGCCAGCAGGGGCGCGCGCUCCCUACCCAGGAGUCCUUGCGCGGCCUGGCAGAGCGGACACCCAGGACUCCAAGAUGGCGUCAGUCGUACCAGUGAAGGAGAAGAAGCUCAUGGAUGUGAAACUGGGAGAGCUGCCCAGCUGGAUACUGAUGCGGGAUUUCACCCCUAAGGGCAUUGCUGGAGCAUUUCAAAGAGGUUAUUACCGGUAUUACAACAAGUAUGUCAAUGUGAAGAAAGGGGGCGUUGCUGGGAUUUCUAUGGUGCUGGCAGCUUAUGUGCUUUUCAACUACUGUCGUUGUUACAAGGAACUCAAACAUGAGCGGCUACGCAAGUACCACUGAAGAGGGCCCAGUGUGGAGGCACAUUCGGCAUUCCUGACCAUGACCUUUGCCUGGCACCCUUGAAUCUUUUCAUAUUCUAAUUCAGAAUUAACAUCCAAUAAAAGAUGACUGGUACUCGGA